CCCCCAUUUCCGGUGCAAGGCGAACCAAGGCGGGGUGGGGCGCGCUUCGGCUGCUGCUGGGGCGAGCGAGCUGAGGGAGGCCAGCCAUGGCCCAGGCAGCCUUUGCCAGCUUGGUCACCAAGGAACUGUGUGCGGCCGGGGGCAGCCUGGAGCUGGGCGAGCUGGCCCGGCGGCUCCCGGGCGGCAUUAGCGAGGAUGCCCUGGAGAAGACGCUGCGCAAACUGGCCCCGGGGCGCUUCGUGCUGAGGACGCGCGGGGGGAGCUGCGAAGGGGAAGCCCAGGGCGGCGGCGGAGGGGACGGCAGCAGCUCGGAGAAGCGGGUGCUGGUGGCCGCCAGCGGCGCGAGGCUGUGCCAGGCGUACUCGACCACUUGCGACGGCUUUUGCGGGCAGCUGCACCUCUGCAAGUUUUUCCUCUAUGGAAACUGCAGAUUCUCGAAUAUCGGGAAACAAUGUAAAUAUAGCCACAGCAUUGAUUCUAUACACAACACGAAUGUCUUGAAAAGCCAUGGAAUAGGACACCUCAAUUUGAACGAAUUAAGUCAGCUUUUGCUUCAGAAUGAUUCUACGCUGUUGCCAGAGAUCUGCGUGCACUAUAAUAAAGGAGAUGGGCAGUAUGGUUCUUGUACCUUUAAAAAUACUUGUGCCAAACUCCACCUGUGCCAUUAUUACUUGCAGGGAAACUGUAAGUUUGGCAGCAGCUGCAAACGGUCCCAUGUCUUUAAUUCCACAUGUCAGGAGAAGUUGGGAAAGUGGGGGCUUAGUGCUGCUAUCAUUAAAAGGUUGCCUUCCACUUAUAGAAAUGCUUUUGACAUCAAAAAUGAAAGCUCAGCAACAUCUGAAAAAGAAAGAAGAUGUAGUAGUGACUCUGUACCUGCCACCGCCCCUAAAAGCGAUGAAGAGAAUGAUCAGAUCUGCUUGUACCACAUUAGGAAGGCUUGUAGCUUUAAAGAUAAGUGUUUUAAAGUCCACUUUCAUUUGCCAUAUAGAUGGCAGUUUCUUGAUGGGAAAACUUGGAAGGAUUUGGAAGAAGUGGAAGAGAUUGAAAAGGCAUACUGUGACCCCAGUAAAAGCUGUUUUCUUACUAAGGUUGCAUGGAGCCCUGGGAUUGCCUCCGUAAACUUUGAUAACAUGACUUGUGCCCAUUACAAAGCUCGGCGUCUCUCCACAGCUUCUUCCGUUGUCAGGCCUCCACACUUCAUCCUCACGACUGAGUGGCUUUGGUAUUGGAAAAAUGAUCGUGAUUUGUGGCAGGAGUAUGGCCUAAAGGUGGAAAGAAGUCUUUGCUUCCAUUCCAACAAACAACUCUUGGUUUGGUUGUGGGCAGAUCAAACAGUACAGUGUGUAGCCACCCAUUUAUCUGAUGAGGAAACUGAGACUCUGGAGAGAUGGAGUGACUUGCCCUUGGUCACAUCACUAUUAAUGUCACAGGGUGCUGAACGCCAUGCAGCUGAUGUUAGCAGCAGUGACGUGGAGAAGGCCUACUUGAGCCAGGAGUCACCUAUCUUUCAGUUCUCAGUUGGAAAGCACAACUAUGAGUUGAAUUUCAAAGCCAUGACUCAGAAAAGCUUACACUAUGGCACUGUCAGAAAUGUUUGUCGGAGACCGAAAUAUGUCUCUCCUGAGAAUGUGAAGACGAAGCAGACUCGUGGUGACAUAUCAGAGGCCCCAAGGGAUAUUCCAUCUCAUUGGGAUAUGUCUGCAUUGCCGGACCUGGGAUUUAAGCGAAUCCUGCUAUCCCCCUCCUCUGGAGAGUAUCUGCAGGUCCAAGAGAAGUUUUGUCGUACAAUGCCUAAAUACACCAUUCAUAAGAUCGAGAGAAUCCAGAACCCAACACUCUGGGAAGUGUAUCAGUGGCAGAAAGUACAGAUGAAGAAGAGUAAUGGAGGGCAGGAAGUGGAUGAGAGGUUUCUGUUUCAUGGCACCAGUCUCGAGUAUGUUGAUGCCAUCUGCCAUCAGAAUUUUGACUGGAGGAUCUCUGGUCUUCAUGGUACUAGCUAUGGCAAAGGAAGCUACUUCGCCCGAGAUGCUGCUUAUUCCCACCACUAUAGCAAGCCUUCCCUGAAAUUCCAUCCCAUGUUCUUGGCCCGGGUUUUGGUGGGAGAGUUUACCAGGGGCAGUUCCUCCUAUCUGCGACCUCCUCCCAAAGAAGGUCAGAGCAACAUCUUCUACAACAGCUGCGUGAACAGUAUGAGCGAUCCUUCCAUCUUUGUGGUCUUUGAGAAGCACCAGAUCUACCCGGAAUAUCUCAUUUGGUACUGAACCUCCCAUGGAAAGCUUGAUCUAUCUGACUCUACUUUCUUGAAAUCAGCUAGUUCUAAAAUGAAGGUUUGGGGACAUGUACAUUUCUCUGCUUCUUCUGGCCUCUUCUUUCUUAAAGUGGAGAAAGGGCCUAUGCAUUGUUUUUGAAAAACAUUUUUAAAAAGUUUCAAUGUCCUACUUUGCACUGAUUUCUUUAUAUAGGUAUAUCACUGACUUUUUGCUAAAGGAAGAUUUUCCCUCACAGAUCUCCCAUAGAUUGUUUACUUCUUCUUACUAUACUGUAACAUCAACAACAGAGUAACUGAUGAGUACGUGGUGAUAACCAAGCCUGUUGUUUUCCUUUUUAACUGCGCCAGGCUUUUAUUUGUCUUAGUUAACUAUUCUGACAUCUGAGUGCUUUACUGGUAAGAGCAGAAUUGCACUAAUUCUUUAAAAAAAUCUUUUUUUGAGAUCUUGUAUUUUUAUAUUACCUUCAUUUCUGAAUCUAUCCCUUCCCUGCCUCACAAGCUGUGUCUUGUGACAUUAACUAAAAAAGAGCAGCUCAGCAAUAUUAAACAAUAUAUCGGCUUAGCUUGGCAACAUAUGCAGUGUUCCUCACCUGUAGCCCCCCACCUCUUCAAAGAAGGCAGUGCUUUCCUUAAAGGCUAGUUUUAGUGUGGUGAUAUACUAAUGACCCAACAUUUAGCCCUUUAACAUCUGCUAUUUGCACUUGCCUUCUCUCUCUGCCUAUGCUUUAAAUCAUGGCUGGUAGGAACUGGAAAUGUAUCUGCCAAACUUGGCUGCAAACAUAUGUUUGUGUUCUACUAUAUCGACUUAAGGCAGAAGCCCAUAAAUGAUUCUUCCAUUACUGGGGUUAUCAAUUGGGAUUUUACAAAAUUAAUUGCUAUUCUGUGGUGUAGACUAACCAUUUAUACCCAUUGGCACCCAACUUAGCCACUUUACCUUUAGUCAGUAGUAUGAAACGUCAUUCAGGCUGGUUAGGAGCAAGUCAUAUUGUUGAGUGUGAGUUUUAUAUGUGCGUGAACCUAUGUGAAUGUAUUGCACGAAUGAGUAUGGAAAUAAAAGGAAAUUUUUCUCCAAAUGGA